UUCCUAAAUACACAGCACCUCCUCCACCAAUCCAGAUACAGGGAACAAUAGGAGGAGUUUCCAUGGACCAUACCAUUUCUACAAUACCGAUGCCUAAAAGAGCUCUGGUCUUUGGAGUUAAAAAUACAGAGGCUCACAAGCAAUUUCCAGUGACAGAUCAGAGGCAGUCCAGUUUGAGUUCCUUAUCUGGAGCUGUUAUGCCGGGUCUUACUGGUUCUCAAGUGUCCAGUCAUUCUAGACCGAGACUCUCAUCCCAAAGCUCUGUCAGCUCAGAUGAAAAUGAUAACUCUGCCACCAACACUAGCAUUACUGACAAGAACAGCAGCACGUCUAGAGUUCCUAAACACACACCAUCCACUCCACCAAUCCAGAUACAGGGAACAAUAGGAGGUGUUUCCAUGGACCAUACCAUUUCUACAAUACCGCUGCCUAAAAGAGCUCUGGUCUUUGGAGUUAAAAAUACAGAGGCUCACAAGCAAGUUCCAGUGACCGAUCAGAGGCAGUCCAGUUUGAGUUCCUUAUCUGGAGCUGUUGUUUUGCCAGGUCUUACUGGUUCUCAAGUGUCCAGUCAUUCCAGACCGAGACUCUCAUCCCAAAGCUCAGUUAGCUCAGAUGAAAAUGAUAACUCUGCCACCAACACUAGCAUUACUGACAAGAACAGCAGCAUGCCCAGUCCUCCUAAACACGCCGCACCUCCUCCACCAAUCCAGAUACAGGGAACAAUAGGAGGAGUUUCCAUGGACCAUACCAUUUCUACAAUACCGCUACCUAAAAGAGCUCUGGUCUUUGGAGUUAAAAAUACGGAGGCUCACAAGCAAGUUCCAGGUCUUAUUGGUUCUCAAGUGUCCAGUCAUUCCAGACCGAGACUCUCAUCCCAAAGCUCAGUUAGCUCAGAUGAAAAUGAUAACUCUGCCACCAACACUAGCAUUACUGACAAGAACAGCAGCACGUCUAGAGUUCCUAAAUACACAGCACCUCCUCCACCAAUCCAGAUACAGGGAACAAUAGGAGGAGUUUCCAUGGACCAUACCAUUUCUACAAUACCGAUGCCUAAAAGAGCUCUGGUCUUUGGAGUUAAAAAUACAGAGGCUGACAUGCAAUUUCCAGUGACAGAUCAGAGGCAGUCCAAUUACCUGGGCAGAACUGACAUUAAUGACAAAAAGAGUGACCUGUUUGAGCCUCCUGGUCACCCUCCCCCAUCUCCACCAUCUCAGCUAGGGGGAAAGAUGAAAGGAUUCUACUUGGACCAAAUACCGCUGCCUAAAAGAGUUCUUGCCUUUGGGGUGAAGGACAGUGUGGAUCACGUGCAAAGAUACCAGCCAUCUCUGACCAGUCGAAUAGAUUCCCCAGGAGCACUGCAGCGCAUUUCCAGCACAGAUCUUGAUACCAGGCUUAAAGGGACCACAUACCAGGAACAGCAGGCAUAUUUUCCCAGAGGAAGAGCCAUAGAUGGGUUUGGUGUCUCUUCUCAGACAUCUACUACUUCUUCAGGUCGGUCCUCCUUGUCUGGCCUUGGAGGGGCAAUCCCAUACCACUCGGCCCACACCUUCCGCAGUGUGUCCACAGGAAGCACGGCCAUAACAAGAACCACUACCGUGUCCUCAGAUAUCUCUGAUGUACCCAUUAUACAGCCCAGGCGUGCCCUUCGGUUUGGCAUAAAGAAAGACGAAGAUCAAGUGUGA